AUGACAAACUCAGUGGUACCUAUUUCAAUCCGAAGAAAGCUGCUUGUGAUCCAGCUAUGUGUUGGCACCGAUGUUCUUGUGUACCACAUAUGCCAUGCUGAUGAGAGGAGUGAAAGUUUGGUUGAGUUUCUUCAUGGCUUUAGGUACAUUUUUGCUGGUUUUUGCACCACAGAAGACUGCAAAGUUCUCUCACGUUCAAAUCUCUAUGUUCAUAAUCUGAAGGAUAUCCAGGAAAUAUGGAGAGAUCCGGACAAAAAGAAGAAACUUCAAGGCCUGAAGGAUGUUGCUGGAGCUAUUAUAGAUCCAAUCUAUUUUGAGAUGAAGGAUGGUUUUGGAAGGGCAGAGCACGGGAUGUGGGCUAAUCCGCCGCCUCUACCGCCUAAGCAUUUGGAAUAUGCUGCACGGGAUGCAUAUGCAACCUACGAGGUUUAUCGAAGGCUGGAUUUGUUUGAGAGGGGCUUCUUCUCCUUAUUCAAACAUCCCGAGAAGAAGCGUGGCAGGGAUUGGUGA